AUGGUUCCGACUAAUCCUUACGGCCAUGUCAACGAAGACCUUUCCACCGUAGCCAUCGACGCCCGCCGCAAGAGACGAAGGCGCUGCCUCAUGUCCGUAGCAAUCGUCGCCGGUUUUGUAGCUGCACUCAUCGUCCUCUUCUCUGUAACCGCCGGAAGCUUUCGUACCCCCAAGUUCCGAGUCCGAUCUGCAACUUUCCUAACUUUCAACGUCACAAACUCAACAGCAAAUCCUUCAUUUCAAAUAGAAAUGAACACAGAAUUUGCUAUAAAGAACACAAACUUCCGACGGUUCUGGUACCGGAGCACAACCGUCGAUUUCUACUAUCGGGAACAGAAGGUCGGUGACGGGUUUGUCUGGAACGAGAGAGUAAAAGUCAGAGAUACUAGGAAGUUUACUGUUCCGGUGUCGUUGUCGUCGAUGAAUGUUACCUCCUCGUCGGAGUUACGAAGUGAUCUGAACGCUGGUGUUUUGCCGUUGAGGAGCCGAUCCAGGUUGACCGGAAAAUUUAAGAUAUUAUUUGUGUUCCGAAAGUAUAAGCACGUUAACAUGGAUUGUUUCAUGGACCUUGUUAUUGCAACCAGGGAGCUCAGAAAUAUAUCUUGCCGCUGA